GUGGGAGGAAUGUGACACUGCACAGUGAGAUGAUGCUAUUGCUUCGCUGCCCUCUGGUGACAAGAACUUCUGAGCGUUAGCAAUCAGGUAAUUGCCACAGGGGGUUGUGCACAUUUCACUCCUCCUGCUUGAGUCAGUGGUGUUCGGUUGUGGCGCACGCUGUGGCGAAUGCAUUCGACUUCUUUUGCACAGCUGCUCUGGACUUCAGCCUCUUCUUAACUCGAACACUCUGAUGUAGGCGGAGAUGCAUUCGCUGGUCCAAGAAAUCCACAGCUUCUCAAAGACCUCCCUCAAGAAACAGAGCACCAGAGUGACAACCGUGACCGGGAGAAGACUGAUAGAAACCCUGAGAGAUGCCCGAGUGCAGAUCGUGGAAGAAGCACAUCAAGCUGAUGGAGCAUGUGGAUACGUUCAGGACACCAGCCUUGAUCUGCAAGUGGGUGUUGUCAAGCCUUGGCUCUUACUCUCUUCACAAGACGUGGCCCAGGACUAUGAGACACUGAAAAAGUUUAAGAUUUCACACAUUUUGAAUGUAGGCUAUGGAAUAGAAAAUGCCUUUCCAGAUGUUUUCACCUAUAAAAGCAUUUCCAUACUGGACCUUCCAGAGACUAGAAUCACUUCAUACUUCCAAGAAUGCUUCAGUUUUAUUGAUCAAGCAAGGACAAAGGAUGGAGUGGUGCUAGUUCACUGCAAUGCUGGAGUCUCACGUUCUGCAUCUAUAGUUAUAGGAUACCUUAUGAAAGUAGCUGGACUAAGCUUUGAAGAUGCUUUCUCAUUGGUGAAGAAUGCAAGACCAGCUAGCAAUCCUAAUGCUGGCUUUAAUGAACAACUAAGGAAGUACCAGCCAAACAAAUAAAAUAAAGCAUACAGAACUGAAUUUAAAAAAUGUAAUUUUCGGAUUGCGACAUGGUGCUGACCUAAUUGAAUUUUACCAUUUUUUUUCAUGCUUCUUUAGUGAUAUUGUAAGUAUUUAAGUAAAACAAGUCACCAAGAUAAUAUGAAUUUUCAAUGGAUGUCUGGAUGCUAUUUAUUUCCACAAAAUUCCAUUUAAAUCUUUUGUCCUUUGGAUAGUAGUUAGGUUUGAUAUUUGUAUGUAUACUGUGGUUUGUCAUGAUCUGCGUGUGUGUUGCAUGAUUUACUUUAUUUUUCAGAAAUAUGUCUAUUGUAAAUCUGUUAAAUUCUUCCCUGAUGUGCAAUCUGUCCUUCAGAUGGGACGGUAAAUUGAGGUCCCGUCUGUCUGU